GCCCUCAUUGCCUUUUUCUCCAAUGGGUUCCCACUUGAGAAAGCUGUACAGUAUGAGAAACUGCGUAACCCUUUCAUGAUUAACGACCUUCAAAUGCAGUAUGUCCUUCAAGACAGGAGAGAAGUCUACAAAAUACUAAAGAAAGAAUGCAUCGCUCACCCACGUUAUGCUGUCCUGAAUCGUGAUGCCAAUGAUGAGACUGACCUACAGUUCACCGAAACGGAAGAUUGCAUCGAGAUGUCUGGCGAUGUGUUCCAGAAGCCCUUUGUUGAGAAACCUGUCGAUGCGGAGGACCAUAACGUCUACAUAUAUUUCCCCGUGGCCGCUGGAGGGGGAAGUCAACGUCUAUUCAGAAAACGGUGGUUGUCAGCUAGCAAUCUUGAUGAUGACAUUAAAUAUACCCGACCUGUCAGUAGGUACCAUAUUGGCGCUCGAAGUAGUGUAUACUCCCCAAUUAACAAGGUACGAAAAACAGGGUCCUACAUAUACGAAGAGUUCAUGCCCACCGAUGGCACCGAUGUGAAGGUAUAUGCAGUCGGCCCUGACUACGCCCACGCUGAAGCGAGAAAGUCUCCCGCACUUGAUGGCAAAGUAGAAAGAGAUAAAGAUGGUAAGGAAGUACGAUAUCCUGUUAUUCUCAGUGCCAUGGAGAAGUGCAUUGCCAGGGAAGUUUCCCUUGCCUUCAAGCAAACUGUGUGUGGUUUUGAUCUUCUCCGUGCCAAUGGGAAAUCUUAUGUGUGUGAUGUCAACGGAUUCAGUUUUGUGAAGAAUUCCAGCAAAUAUUACGAUGAUUGUGCUAAAAUUCUAGGGACUAUGGUAAUGCGGAACCUGGCACCACAGCUACACAUCCCAUGGGUUCUAGGUUCAGCUCCAGAAGAUGUACCAGUUGUCCCUACAACAUCAGGCUCAAUGAUGGAACUCCGCUGUGUCAUUGCAGUUAUCAGACAUGGAGACAGAACUCCAAAACAGAAGAUGAAAAUGGAAGUCAAACACUCCAAGUUUUUCGAGCUGUUUCAAAAAUACCAGGGCUACAAGAAGGGCCACCUGAAACUGAAGAAGCCCAAACAGCUACAGGAAGUGUUGGAUAUCGUCAGGUUUUUGUUGAACGAGAACAAAGUGAAGAAGAACAGCGUCAUAGAGGAGAAGAAGGCCAAGCUAGAGCAGUUGAAACUUGUGUUAGAAAUGUAUGGACGUUUCUCAGGGAUCAACCGUAAGGUACAGUUUAAGUAUCAACCCCAAGGUCGGCCUAAGCGUUCUUCGAGUGAAGAGGACGUUGUGAAAUGGUGGGCCAAACGUGUUGUGGUGUUACAUCUUUUUGUGUUCUCAGUUCAUAUCUUUGCUGAGGGUUUGCUGGCUCUGGAAGGCAAACUGACCCCUAUUCUUGUCCAGAUGGUAAAAAGUGCCAACACCAAUGGUCUGCUGGACAGUGAAGGAGAAAUGUCCAAACACCAACAGAUGAUGUCCGUGUUCAAUGUCAAAGAACGCCUGAAGGAGAUACUGAACCAAGACCGUGAUUUCAACGAGGCUGACUAUACAAAGCUUGCGGCUACUGGAAGUAUAUCGAUUCAAAAUGCCAUGAAGUUUGUACAGAAUCCCCGCAAAAUGUGCGAGAAAGUUCACGAUAUGGUGAAGGAGAUAACCACCAAAAUUCGCUCCCUGAAACUAGAACUCAAAACUCGUGAACUGAAGUUAUACCAUGGCGAAUCCUGGGAGUUGCUGAUCCGUCGAUGGGCAAAACUCGAGAAGGACUUCAAGACGAAGCAGGGCCUCUUUGAUGUUAGCAAGAUCCCCGACAUCUAUGACUGUAUCAAGUACGACUUACAGCAUAACCACCACACACUGCAGUACGAACGAGCCGAAGAACUUUUCAACUGUUCGAAGGCUCUCGCGGACAUCGUCAUCCCUCAGGAAUAUGGUAUUACCAGGGAAGAGAAGCUCCAGAUUGGCCAAAGCUUGUGCACUCCAUUGUUGAGGAAAAUACAAAGUGACCUGCAGCAAUGUCUGAAUUUUGGUCAAGAAGAGACCACUCGUUUGGACUCUCGGUAUUCAAAAGGUGUUGCAUCUCCGCAGAGGUUUGUAAGAACUCGUCUCUACUUCACAAGCGAGAGCCACAUCCAUUCCUUGCUGUCGAUGAUUCGUUAUGGAGGAUUGUGCGAUGAAAUAAAAGACGAACAGUGGCGCCGUGCCAUGGAAUACAUCAGUUCCACUGGGGAGUUGAACUACAUGACACAAAUAGUCAUCAUGAUGUUCGAAGACCCUAAAAAGGAUCCCAAGUCUCCAGAAAGAUACCACAUUGAGUUACACUUCAGCCCUGGGGCCUAUACCUGCUGUGAUACAAAACGGAUCAGUCGACAAGGACAACUCACCAAAAUUGAACAGUUGUUCAUGAGUGAUGACCAGUGGCGGAGAACUCCAUCAGUCAGCCUGUCCAACCUGCGCAGUCUGUCCCUGAUGAGGGCCAACACGCCAGCAACAGCACCGGCAGAUGAUCUCACAGACGUGCUGGAGGUUCCAGAUGAUGAAGACGGCGCAGAAGAAGAAGAAGAAGAGGAGGUGGAGGUGGAGGCUAGUGACAACGAGGAUGAUGUGACAGUGUCGGCAGCGACAGCAGGGAUGCAGUUGCCGCAAGUGGGUGAGAAAGGAGGAGCGAUGGCAAAGAUGAUGGGCAGGGGUAACAAAAGGCUUGAUGUUGGUAAUGAUGAUGAUGAUGAUGAUGAUGAUGAUGGUGGUGGUGUUGAAGAAGAGUGGGAGGAGGAGGACAAGACAGGGGACAAGGAGGGAGGAGAGGGGAAGCUUACGACAGGCAGGGAUGGGGAGAGGGAUGAAGGGGCAGGGGAGCGAAAACCAGAAGGGAAAGGGUUGGUGGUCGAUGACGAAGAGAGAAGUGUUUCACUGUGUGUGAAGAUAAUCCCUGGGCCAAGAUCUCCAGACCCUAAUAUCCCAGAAUGGGACUGGGAAGAUGUGGAGCAGCCCGUUUCCUCAGUUGUUGCCAUCCCCCCUAUUAACUUUCAGAAGGGUGAGAGGCGGAGGUCGCUGUCACUUGCUGAGCCCUACACUCCAAAGACUCUAUCAAACCCCAUUGACAUCCAGAACCAGACAACAAAGGAUGACACUGAUGCUGAUUUUUCUGGUCCUAAUUCAAUUGUUCCACCAAAAUGUCUAAAAACAGUUACAGAGAUUUAA